CAGGAGCUUUAAAAUAUUUGACACCAAUUUUUUAAUAUACGAGAUAAUGGUUAAACAUUCAAUAUUUUUUCUAAAAACAUCACGAAAGUUUACAAACUAUUUGAAUUGUCUCAUUAAAUUGUAACGUGGAAAAUUAUACCGCAUUAUAACCUCAAAAUGAGUAAUAAAACGAGCGGCGGAGGAGAUAUCGAUCCUGUGCAAGACGUACUCGCAGGUAGAAUUCGUGAGGUAGGAAAUCACGCUAUUUGGAGUUUGUCAAGCUGCAAACCUGGUUUUGGAGUUGAUCAAUUGCGCGACAAUAUUACCGAAACUUAUUGGCAAUCUGAUGGACAAUUGCCCCACCUUGUUAAUAUACAAUUCAGAAAAAAAACUGCUAUCCGUGAUAUUUGUAUAUUUACUGAUUAUAAACUUGACGAAAGUUAUACUCCAAGCAGGAUAAGCAUCAGAGCCGGAACAAAUUUCAAUGAUCUACAAGAAGUGGAAGUUAUGGACCUUAACGAACCCAGUGGAUGGGUCGUCAUACCUAUAAAAGAUAUAAGUGAUAGACCCAUAAGAACGUUUAUGAUUCAAAUAGCUGUUAUAAGUAAUCAUCAGAACGGGAGAGAUACUCAUAUGAGACAAAUCAAAGUCCACAGUCCAGCUCAAGAUAUUUUGGGACCACCGGCGCCUCACAUCCCUGGACAGUUUAUCACUAACGAAUUUCAACGAUACGCGACUAUAAGAUAAAAUUAUGAUGAAAUUUACACUCUAAUUCUCUGGGUUCAAUAUAUACUUCUUUCUUUUUCCAUAAAAACAGAAAAAUUUUGUUUAACCAAAAUUGUAGUUUAUUCAAUAAACAAUAAUUUUCCACAAA